GCGUGUUUGUCGGAACCAGCAAAAUGAUUUACAGAAUAAAUUUUAUAGAAUUUAAAGUAAAAGAAAAUGAAAUCGAGCUUGGAACAUAGCACUCUAAUACUUAUUAUAUUAAAAUAAGUCAAGACUUUUUCGUCUGCGUGGAAGAGUGGGACCAACAGAAAUAUAUAUCAAAAUAAUGGGAUUUUGACGUAAAAAAGAAGGAAGGAAGAUUUUCUGGAAAAUAACCACUCUUGAAUACAAACAUUGAGCGCAUACUGUUAUGGUGGUAGAAAAAUAAAGAACAAGACUUCGAACGGAACAAUAAAUGAUGUCGGUAUCAAAUUAUUCUGUAUAAAUAUUCAUAAUUUAAUUGCAACUAUAUAAAAAUGUCCACAACGAGUUGCACCGAAUAAAUUGGGAAAGUGUGGGCUGAAUAUAUAGAUAGAUAACAGAUAGGUAUAUAGGUAGAAAGAUUUGGAACAUGGUUCGGGAAGUUUAACGUUAGUAAGAGUUUUCAGAAAAGGCAAGAGGUGCGCUAGUGUUCCCCUAAGCUACCCCCAGCCUUACUACCCCCACCCUUCCGUUUGAGCUCCCCUAGCUAGUGCAAAUCUCGGCGGAUGAAUGUUUUCUUAAGGGAUUCUUCCUGAAAGCGACGCGAAAAUCUGAGAAGAGCCGACCAAGCUGAAAGUUCGAAAAUUAACUGAAAGUCAGCUAUAAUGGAGAGUGGAAGUAAUUUGCUUACCCCGGGUAGUUAUCCCGGUGGAGAUCGUCAACAGUUUUGCGUAUCAUGGAAUUCCCAUCAGUCAAACAUGCACAGCGCAUUUCCAAAACUGUUGAGUUCAGAGCAAUUUGUGGAUGUUACUUUGGCCUGUGACGGAGGAUCAAUAAAAUGUCACAAAGUGGUGUUAUCAGCUUGUAGCGAUUAUUUGGAACGCUUAUUGUUGGAAAUACCGUGCUCCCAUCCAAUUAUUUUUUUGAGAGACAUGAAAAUGUGGGAACUUCAAGCUUUGGUGGAAUUCAUGUAUCGUGGAGAAGUAUACGUAGAGCAACAGCAACUUGCUAAACUAAUGCAGGCUGCUGAAGUUUUACAGGUUCGCGGUUUAUCUACUCAAGGGAACGACAAUUGUUUAAGUAGUUUGCAACAAUGCGAUUCUAACGCUUCUGUUGCACCAUCUACAACAGCACAACCGGAAGAACCCGAUUUCAAAAAAGAAGAUUCUAUGUCCGACGAUGGAACCUCGAGUACUAAUUUUUUGGAAGCUACCUCGCUUGCCGCGCCUAGUACGGCGAGCGCGAGUGCCCCGUCACACAGUAACACACCGGUUUCGCAAAAUCCCAAUUCCUCGAAUUUUAUGAACAUGGAACACAGCGAAGCGUUACAACAUUUGGAGAAAGCACUUAGCGCUUGCGAAGCAACUUUAACUGAAACCCAAGGCAUGGUUAAAAUGGAACCGGACGAACAAUUUACUCAGCAGCAGCAAGAUAAACCAUACUCCAUCAGUAUGGUACCGAGCAGUAAUUGUAACCCUAGUAGUCCGUUUCCUGCGAUCGAAGGUUACCAGAGACGACAAAGACGCUCGGAAGAAGAAUUGAAGCAAGCUUCGGAUAUGGUGGCACGUGGUAUGACGUUUCAAGUUGCUUCGGAAAAAUACAAAAUUCCGAUAAGUACGAUUCGAUUCUAUAUGGUUAGAAAAGGUAUAUUACAAAGGCGAAAACGCGGUCGUGGCUCGAGUAAUCUUGGCAUGAACAGUCAACCGGGAAGUCCCGCGAGUCCGCCAUAUCAUAUGAUGAAUUAUCGUUUGCCAGAAAGCCUAAACUCCAGCCUACCGUAGUGCUGUACGAAAAGUAGCGAGUUUUUAGAUUUGAGUUGAAUCGAACAAAUUUUUUUAUCGCCGUAUCGGAGCUGUUCCAGACUGUCACCGUUCGCAUCUUAAUUGACUCACACUGAGUUAUCCGUUUUUCUUUUCGUUUUUUUUUUUAUUUUUUUUUUUUUAAUCUUUUCAUUUCGUUUAAUCCCAGUGCGAGUGCGUUUUCGCCGAACUGCUCGUUAGAUUCUCAGCACAUUUAUUGCAUUUACGGAAGGCAGUAAUUUAUAAGGAAAUAAUUGACAAUGUGUACGUAUCGUACACGAUAGGUAUGAUUUUAGUCUCGAACAGCUCGAUUCCGUGUACAUAAAGGCACCAUACACGAACUUUCGAACGCAGCAUCGUGAUCGAGGAGGAAAGCGAUGAAAUCACAAAGAGGCAAUGUAUUUUGUUUGCUAAAUAAUGAAAUUGGUAGACAAAAGAAUUUUUGCUAUAUUGAUUUAAUCGAAUAACCACAAGUAGUUUGUUGGUCUUAUAAUUUUUUCUUUUUUUUUUAUAUCUCUUUUUGUCUGUCUAUUAUAACGCGUAGAUUAAGAAAGUAGAUGUAUCGAUGCAGCGUUCGAAAGUCACCUGUACGGUUCAGUUUUGGACCGUGUUCCGUUCUUCUACUUAGUGACAUAUACACCUUGCGUACAUUGAUAGCGUAAGAGGUAUUUUUUUGAGUCCUAUACACAGAUUGCUACAACAGAUUUACAAAACACGGUUCACAGAGAAGAUUGAACGCGUCACGCGAAUCAUAUUUUUACGAUCGCUCGAAAAUAAAUCUUUUGAUAAUACGUAUCCGUAGGGUAGGUUCUUUUUUAUUAUGUCGUAUUUAUAUAUGUAUAUGUAUAUAUGCAUAUAUAUUAGGAAUAUAUAUGUAUGUAUGUAUGUACGUAUGAAUGUAUAAAUAUGUGUGGGCGCUCGCGUGUGUAUAUUUCAUGAAAAAUGUGUAUGUAUUUCUCUGUUAAGUUGGUCCCUUCGAAUCGGUGAUAAAACGAUGAAUUAAUCCGUGGUUCCGAGGUACCGAAUUUUCGUCAUUUUCUUCUUAUUGAAUCGAGCAGAAUGUAACAAGUUAUUCGCGGUAAAUACGCUCACUUUCUGAUCGGCAGGAAAUCGGUGGUAACGAUACGCUCGAAGCUCGCGAUCAAAUUCGAUGACACGUGGAUAUAUUGUAAUUGCAUCGAGAUCGUUUGCUUCGUUCACGAAUGAACAAUUUAGUCACUACAUUAAAGACUGGGUAAGACACGUGGCUGAGCAGCAACCACGUAGAAUCUUAUUGUACUGCAAAUCUGGAUCUAUAUUACACAAAUAUUUUUGUAGACACUUUGUCGCGGAAAGUGUCUUCUUUCUGCCUUUGUACGUGCAUGUGUACAUGUAUAUAUACAUCCUCUGACAUACAUAAACAUAAUGCAUUCUCAUUCAUUACAUAUACCACACGGGUAUAUGUGUAUAUACACAUGCAUGUGCACGUAAAGAACACGUAUAUACAUACACAUAAAGUAUACAGUUGCGAGUAUAUAAGUUGUCGAUGCGUAUACAUUUACAUAUAUGUACAUACGUAGCACAUGAACAUGUAUGUAUUAAUAAUUUGAUACUCGACGCACGAAGAACCGGUACUCGUUCGAAGGAAAGUUGAUGAUCAUUGCUUCGUCAAAAACGUGAGAUAAUACGAACGAUCAUGGUGUACAUGGCGUAAUGCUUUUUACAUGCUAGUGUACAAAAAAAAAAGAAAGAAAAAAAAACAAAAGUAAUUAAUAAUCAAUCGUCAGAAUCGAGCAGUUUUCAUAAAAAUCGUUCAAAUACGCGAUCUUUGAAUAUUUUUACGAACACUGAGUCUGCCUUUUUGAAUGAUUACAAUGAUUAUUAUACAUUGAAAUCCGUAGCGUACACGUAGUAGAAAUAUCGCGCGUGUUUGCGCGGACGUACACGGGUCCUCUAUACAAUGUAAAACGUAAAAAAAA